AUUGUCGAUCUUCCAUCAAAUUAAACUAUUUUGUAAAGCGAUGAGAGCCAGGCUCAGGGAAUGGCGGGGCAACGCUGUCGUCGCGCUGUUGUUUGUCUGUACGUGCUGCCGCACUGGGAGACGUCAUUUUUAGGGGGAACGGAGAAAAGAAAAAGCAUACGACGAAGGGACGUACAGUUCAGAAACAAGCGGCACGUAACCGUCACGCCGUAAAUAUAAAGUGUACUGGGAGCGGCCAGGAGAUGGCAGACACAGAGGUUACAGUGUCCAUGGGGGAUGUUGUGAUGGUGAAGGGUACAGAGGAGGAGGAUGACCCCGAUGACCCCAGUAGAACACAGGUCAUCCUGCAGCUCCAACCAAUCACACCUGGUGUGUUCUCUUACAGGAUGGAUGAGGAAUCUGCAGAGACAGAAGCAGCUGUCGUGGCAGUUGGAGCGCACUCUGACGAAACCACAGUAGAAGGGGAGGAGGUUGAGUUGGGAUAUCCAAUCACAUGUGGAGAGAGCAAGGCUGUUCUGCUGAUCAAGAAAUUUGUAUGCCCUGGAAUCAAUGUCAAAUGUGUAAAGUAUGAGGACCAGCUGAUCAGCCCCAAGCAGUUUGUGCACAUGUCUGGUAAAGCCACAUUGAAGGACUGGAAGAGGGCAAUCAGGAUGGGCGGGGUCAUGCUCAGAAAAAUGAUGGACUCGGGACAGCUGGACUUCUACGACCACAGCAGCCUUUGCACCAACACGUGUCGCAGCACCAAGUUUGACCUUCUGAUCAACAACACCAAGUUUCCUCCCGACGGCAGCGGCGUGACCACGCCCACCUCUUCCCAAGCACAGAUAGUCAUAGGAAACGGUGGACAGGUGGCGCUGGGAGACGACAGGACCGACGUCCUGAGUGGUGCUAUGGAGUGGAGCUCCGCCAGCCUGGCUCUGGAGGCGGCAGAGAAGAAAGAGACCAGCGAGAUCUCAGAGGAGACGCUGAACUUCUGGAAGGGCAUUGUAGAUGUGGGUCUGAUGGGGGAGGUGGUGACCAACAUCAGCACGGAGCUGCUGGAGAUGCUGAAGGGCGUGCAGCUACGCAGCGAACAGGCAGCCGUCCAGGACUCUGAUUCCUGUCUGGUGGAGGUGGCCGUGCUCAGUAACCUGGCGCAGGUGUUCGGCCUGCUCGACAACGUCAAGCGGAUCGUGGAGAAACGCCGGCAGCAAACGGACCCGAGCCAGGAACAGGUCCUCCACACCCUCGACAAUCUGGAGCAGCAGUUGGAGGAGCAGAAGAAACAGCAGCAGGCCAGGGUUCUGCUGUCCAACCCGCCGCCCGUCAACAACGUAGGCCAGGCGUCAGGGGGCACCGCCAAACGGCAGGCCAAACGGCCCCGUCUCCAGCGGCCGGCCUCCACCGCACUCCUCACCUCCACCGUCACCCAGCCGGCCACCCUGCAGCCCCAGCAGUUCACGGUCCUCUCCCCCAUCACCAUCUCCUCCAUGGGCCAGCCCUUCACCAUGGCUGGCCUGCCCAUCGCCACCCUGGCCCAGUCUCCCAACACCGUCACCCUGCACACCAUCCCUGCCAACACCCAGCUCUUCACCCGCUACAUGGUGGGGGGCACAGACGGCAAGACGGAAACCUUCACACUCCACCCGUCCUCCGGGCUCACUCUGGUGGGCACCACCAUGCAGGACCCCAGCCAGCUGGGCACGAUGGUCAGCCCCAUGGAGCUGGUGCAGCUGACCCAGCAGGCCUCGGGCGUGGAGGGGGACGUGAUGGGCGGGACGGUCCUGGUGCAGGAGGGGGAGGUGGACGAGGGCCAAGGACACACGGUGAUCGAGAUAGACCCGGCUCCUGGAGAGCAGGCCAUGGGGGUGAUGGAGCUGCAGCUGGCUGGGGAGGCUGGUGGGGAGGGGGCCACCAUGGUGGUCCAAGGGGGGAUGGAGAUGGCCACCGGGGGGGAGGGCGAGGUGGUGGAGGGGGAGUCGGAGGAGACGCAGGGGCACAUGGAGGGCCAGACCGGGGCAGAGGGUGUCCAGGGACUGCAGUUGGAUGCCAAUGGACAGUUGUCAGGUCUCCGUAUCAUGGUGAUCGAGGAGGGGACUCAGGUAGAAGACAAGGAUAAAUGAGAAAAAAAACCUUACCCCCACCCCCACCCACCCACAACCGCAGGGAUGAACUGAACACUGGUAGACUCACAGCAUGGAGCUGCCUCAGACUUGGCUUGGGAUGGCCUCUUUGCUGUGGUCCUUCAUAGGGGUGUCCUUUAUUUCAGUUUUGCAGCUCUGUAGAUUUUUAUUAUUAUUAUUAUUGUUCUAAAACAAUAUAACAUUGCAGCCAGGCACAGGAUCUUACAUGCAAUCAAAUGAACAACUUCAACGUGAAGACACCAGAAUGCACUAUUAGUCAGAAAGCCCUUGGCCGAGGCAGGGUUAGCAGUUUGGUUGAUAGAUCACAGCUGGCUGUCUCUCAUGGUCCUGGCCUGGUGGGGGCAUCCCAGCACCACCGUGGAUCUGAGGUCAAGAGGAAUUGCACUGUCCAAGUUGUGCAUACGUUAUAAUGUGUUUUUGCACUGUGUGUAGAACUACAGAUUUACUUCUGGGAACAUAGCAACACUGUAUUACGACUGUUUGCUCCCCACACCCUUGUUAGAAAAGAGUGUUCCGAGUCCCCCUUUUGCAGCUUUGUACUGCACCGCUUUUAACACGACAUGGAAAAGAAAAGAAUUCAAGGUACUCACUGUUCGAUACCGAGGGAGUCAUCUCUGUUUUCUUCUUUUCACAAACAUAUUUUGUUAUUUUGUUUACUUCUUUUGAAGGUUGCUUCUUUACUGUUUUUGAAUGAAUAUGCAAGCUCUGUUUUAGACAAAACAAUUUACUGCUUCGCUGCCCCCCUUAGAUUGUGUUUAUUUCAGAUUUUUUUUCCCUCACAUUGUAUAUACACAGUAUUAUAGAUAGAAAAGGACCUACUCACUUGUUGUUAGUCAGUCCCAGUCUGAUGUUUAAUGUUCAGCCAAGUUUACCCUCAUAUGGACACGCCCUAGAUCAAAAGGAAAAACAAACUCUGUAUUUUUUUACCCAAAUGCACCUACAAUAUUGACUUUAGGGUCAAUAGGGUGCUUUUCAAUGCCUUGAAUUAACAGAUGAGGGUAUUUGCAUACAGACUUUGUAAUGUGUUUCAAUAUCAAUAAAAAAGUUAUUUGGUCAA